GGAUUAAGUACCUUCUCAUCAGAUAAGUAGAACAUGGCAAAAUCCCUGACACUCCCAGCAAUUAGAUCAGAACACAGCCCGACCCCUUCCUGACGCGGGGAGCAAUUUUGCAGAGGAAGUGUUUCAGUAUUAACGAAAGAACAUGAAGUCCUCUUGGUUAUUUAUAAUAUAUGUGCUAUGGCUGAAUGGUCAUCAGUGUGCACCAACAAGGCAGGAGGAAAUGAAUCUCCGGGAAAACCUGAAGCUAUUAUCUGAAGUUGGAGAGAAGUAUGUAGAUGAAGAAGUAAAGAAAGCCUUGACUGGUAUUAAGCAGAUGAAAAUUAUGAUGGAAAGAAAUGAAGAUAAGCAUGUAAAUCUGAUGAAAACCUUGAAGAAGAGCAGUGAAGAAAAACAGCAAGCCUUGCGACUUAUGGAUGAAGUAAAGGAAAGAUUAGAAGAAGAAGAAAGACAAUGUCAAGUAUCCUUGAAAAAUUUAUGGGAUGAAUGUGAAUCUUGUUUAGAAAGUACCUGCAUGAGAUAUUAUACAACUUGCAAACAUGGUUUGUCAACAUUUAGAACAAAGGUUGAAGAUUUUUUGAGGAAAAUACCUCCACUCAUUUUUACUUUUCAUGAGGAUCAAGGAAAAGACAUCCAGUUUAACGAAAAGCCUGACAAAGAGGAUACUCAGCUAGUAAAAAUGGAAGAUUUAUUUAGCCAACUAUUAUUGGACAUGGGCUCAAUAUUUGACAGAAGUUUCAUUUUUUUUAAGCAGAUGCAAAAAGAGUUUGACCAGUCUUUUCAGACAUAUUUCAUGUCUGAUCUGGACUUGAAUGAGUCCCCCAGCAUGCCAGCUUUACCUGAGGACACCCCCAGAAAUGAUGGCUCACAGAAAGGCUGGGGUAUACCUGGCUUCUUACAGAUAGUUUUUGAUUUCAGUAAGACGGUGUUUGAAGGUGUUACCGAGGUGAUUACCGAAGUAUUUGAUGAAUACAGAGAUAACAGAAGAAAUGUGCCAGAACAAGCCAAAGAUCCUGACAGAAGUGGCAUGUUCUCAAAAAUUGUGUCAGGGCACCAGAGACCUCUGUGCAGAGAGCUUCAGGAGAACUCCUCUGGAUGCCCCCAGUUUCGUGAGAGAUGUCAGAAAUGUCAAGACAAUCUUUUGCAUGAUUGCCCAAACGUUCCCGAACUGCACAUAAAGUUUGAUGAAGCCUUUAAGCUGGUUAAUCUCUCAGGGGAGCAGUAUGAGCAGAUUCUCCAGGUGGUUCAGCGUCAUACAGAAGACACUUCCUACUUACUGAACAAAAUGAAAGAAAGAUUUGGGUGGGUGUCUGAGUUAUCCAACAUGACCAUUGGACCAGAAAACAUUUUCAAUAUAGUUAAGGUGGUACCUGGGGAUCCCUCUGGUAAAAAUGAAACUGUGGUAGAUGUGAAUGUUCUGACUUCACCUACUUUCACCAUUAAAGUUCCUCCCAAUUUAGACCCAAGGAGUGCUGAAUUCAUUGAAUACAUAGCUGGAAAAGCACUGCAACUAUAUAAGCAGAAUUUUUAAGAGGAAAGAAGAGGCAUGAAAUCUUUCUUCCUGAAAUCCAGUAUAUACUCCCUAGGUGAAAUACCCCUAAGCAUGACGUACAGAUAGUUGUUAAAUGUUGAUGGUUAAUAUAGUUGCAUAUAAAUAAAAUUUUGCUUAAUAAAUACUGUGAGAUAUGAGCUAGCAA